GCGCACGCGAGGAGCACGCGCACAGCUGGAUGGAUCCUCCACGUUGCUGGAGUUUGUCACCGGAGGAAGAGAAGCUGCACCGGGACACGGAUCCUCACACCGGCGGCUUCACACUCCGGUGACGUGAGGAGCGGCAGCACUCACACACACACACACACACACAAUCACACACACACAAUCACACACAAUCACACACACUCUCACACACGGGGAGAAGAAGGAGCCGCUUGGUUUCCAUGAGCUGAAUCUGAUCGGUCCUCCUCACACACACGGAGCCAUGAUGGAGUCUAUCCUGGACAGUCUGGCCGCAGAGAGACUCUACCCCACCGGAGGAGCCAACCUGUUGGACCUGGAGGAGCUGAGCGACGGAGACUUCCUCACUAAUGUGCCUUUCUCAGGUGACCAGAUGGACGACUUCAGCAGCGAAUUAUUCAACAGUUUCUUCGACGACCAUCUAUUAGAGCGACCCCUGCUGGCAGACAGACCCUCACCUUUACACAUGGACAUCGACAGCAGCCCAGAUAUUCAAGCGGAGCACAGCUACUCCUUGAGUGAAGACUCCGCCCCCCAGAGCCCAGCCCUGUCAAUCAAAAUGGACCAAGAGUCUGAGUUCGAAUGGAGCUUCAGUCAGGACCUCUCCGCCAUCUUGGUGAAACAGGAGGAACCUGAUGUGGGUCAAAGGUUAGAUCCUCCGCCUCUGGAAGGCCCGCCUCUCAUAUUAAGCCCUGCACCCCCGCACCGAGGAUCGGCCUGGAAACACGCGGAGCGCAGUCAAGACGACAUGAAGCCAGUGGCUAUAAAAGAUGAACCCAGAGAGGUCGGACAGUGUCUCAGUCUGCCCAGCGACGAUGCUCUCCAGCUCCCGCCCACCCCCCCCAGCAGUAACCACGGCGACAGCGACGGCUCCCUCCCUCCGUCCUCCCCGCUCCUCCCUCUGCCACCGUCUUCCCCUCAACCACAGCAGAGGCCAGGAGGUCGCGCCUCUUCCUCCUCCUCCUCCUCCUCUUCCUCAGCCAUCUCCUCCUCACCUCUCCUCACUGCACCACAUAAGCUGCAGGGCUCAGGACCCCUCAUUCUGACAGAAGAAGAGAAGAGGACCCUGGUGGCUGAGGGUUACCCGGUACCCAACAAACUCCCCCUCACCAAGAGUGAAGAGAAGGCACUGAAGAGAGUCAGACGGAAGAUUAAAAAUAAGAUCUCAGCUCAGGAGAGUCGGAGGAAGAAGAAAGAGUAUGUGGAAUGUCUGGAGAAAAAGGUGGAGAGCUACACGUCAGAAAACGGCGACCUGUGGAGAAAAGUAGAAAACCUGGAGACUGCCAACAGGUCUCUCCUACAGCAGCUCCAGAAGCUUCAGUCAUUGAUUUCAGGGAAAGUCAUUCCCCGUUCUUCUAAAAUGGCCUCAACUCAAACAGGGACAUGCCUCAUGAUGGUGGCCGUGUGUUUCGUCCUGGUGUUGGGCUCCUUCUCCCCUUGUCUCUCCCCCCUCUCCUUCCUCAGUCACACCUCCUCCUCUUCCUCUCACUCCUCUCAAUCUCCCCCUCUUCCGUCAGCGGACCUCUACACCACUAGUCAGGUCCGCUCCCGCAGCCUGCUCUUCUACAAUGAAGGGGCCCCAUUGGAGGAGAGUUUAGUGACAUCAGAAGGGGAGAGGCUACAGUCAGAGGCCCGCUCCCACAUCCAGACGAGCCGUUACACCGCUGACGCCCACAGAAACCACACAACUGGGCCCGAGUUAGACCGGAGAGAAACAAAACCAGACGAAGCCUCGAAGUUUUUCUGACAGACUGCAUGACCCCUCCUCCCAUGACCUCUCACCUCUGACCCCAAAACCACCACAUCCCUGGACUCACCCAGGUUCCACAUCAACGUCCGUCGUACGGUACCCUGUCCAUCUUCAACCCUCAUCCUUUUCGUGAGUGACUCAGACACUGCACUCCUCCUGAAGUCAUGCUUCACCUCAACAGUCUGCUACACCUGAAGAUACUUGAUUUUAAAGGGACCUUAUCAUUGGAAUUUCCAUUUUUAUGGAUAAAGAGAUAGUGAAACGUUUAAAUACCCCAAAUAAUCCAUGUGUAUUCAUAUUUUAGAGAUGCUUUAAAACAGUGUGUUAAUUCAAGAGCCUCUGGACAGUGUACAGUAACUUACAGAUACAAUUUGUACCAUAACAAAUAAAAAUUACAAUUUCAAUAGGGCCUCCCACUGUUCGGUGCUCGGGCCCUAAUAACUUAAGAUAGAAAAAGCUGACUUAUAAAUGAUUAAUCAAUUAUCAAAAUUGUCGUUGACCAGUUUUUCUGCUAUCAUCUAAUUUAAUAAUCACGUCAGCUUUUAUUUUCGACCCGUACAUUUGAAUGCAACUUGAGUCUCUCCCAACACUUUACCAAAGCAGACAUGCCAGUGUGUUAAAAAACGAACACAUCCUGUGCCAUUGUUUAAAAGUGCCUUUCAAAUGUGACUAACUCAGCCUUAUACUGUAUCUAAUGGCCACACAUGCAAUUAUAAACCUGGAAACUUAACUUUAGCUACGUUACACAUUUUGUUUACAUGUGGUCUUUGGGUUCUUGUUCCUAGUGUUCAGGAUCUAUUUUAACAUUUAAUUUUAAGUGCCUGUGCAAGUAUUUGGGGGCAUAGUAGCAAAACCUUUAUGUUAAACCGGAGCCAGCUUUGGUCUGAGGAGCAUAAAUGAACAGUUUUGUAAUGUGUUUUUAGGUUGUUACAAAUUAACAUCUGAUGUGUUUUAUUUAAAACAUAUCUCUGCAGUUAAAACUUGUUUUUCACUUCCACAUUCUUACCACAUUAUUACUUUUUGGGCUGGAAACCGUGUUUUCAUUCCGACAGAGUAUUGAAGGGGUCCGACAGAGGCUGGGGAAACAUGACAUAAAAAUAUUUUUAUGGAAUUUCAAAAAUUGUAUAUGUAAUAUAUUUGCAGCAUCACAAAAAGAGCAUAUUUAUUUUAUGCAACAAAAAAAGAAAUAUUGAACUUGUUUUAGUUUAUCCUAUUGUAUAAUUUUUUUUCUAAAUAAUGUUUACAAAAAAAAACGCAAAAAUACAACUUAUAAUAUAUUCUGAGCAUCAAAAAAGGGCAUAUUUAUUUUAUGCAAAAAAAAAGUAAUUGUCUGUUGUGUUCUGGCAUUUAGGAUGAUGUGAAGUUUUAUAAGAUGUCGUUUACAUGGUGUUUCAUGAAUUGUAAAACUUUGACAUGAUCUGUUUGUGUCUUUUCAACUGUAAUACAGUGUUUGUUUCACUGCUGUCGCAUGAAAUCCUCUGUUGUGAUCAAAAAAUGGGUUUCGCUUUCACUGAUUCUUUAAAAUGAUUCUAUUUUUAUCCUUUGACUUAAGUUCUAAACCAAAACGUCCAAAGAAAUUGAUCAAAAACCAACUUCAGAUAUUGACAAUCAUGUUUAACAUUAUUUUUGUUAUAAAUGCAUCCUGUAGCCUCUUAGCAGCAGAGGAAACCUCUAAAACAUCAAUACUAACUGUGCUCAUGCGACAGCAGUGCAUGUUGUAUUUAUUCCUGUUUGUAGAAAGUGUGUAUAUAUUGAUGAAGCCAAUCAGGGUACUAAAACAUUCUAGGAAGUAAAAGACAUCUGAGGGAACACCAGGACAUUUUAAAAAUGCUUUUAUUUCUUGACCACUAUUCUGACAAUGUCAUGGUUUUCCAUCAGAUUUUUCCUCAUCCAAGUCCGUGGAGGAAAUAAUUCCAAAUUCUGACGAUAAAAUCAUCCAGAAACAUUAUUUUUUUUGUUUGUUUCGUUUUGUGUCCCUCGUGUGCCGAGUGUAAACAAAAGCAUCACGUGACUGCAGCCCGUCACUCCGCCAUUGUCAUUCUCAACCUCUACAGUUUCAAUGCACCAGUGUACAUAAAUAAUAACAACCAAAUGUGCAGAUGUUGUAAAUAAAGGGCCUUGUUUUUUUUUUUAUUGUAUUGUGACGUAGUCCAAGACUUAAACCUGUGGAAAGUGGGAAAAAAAUUUAAUAUCAGUGGAGCUUUUUGGGAUUAAAGUGGGGAGGGUUAAAAAAUGUAACAGGAAGGGUGAGUUUUUCCACUUGUGAAGAAACCUGGACGACACAGUAGCUCGACACAGUUUGAAUCAAACACCAGGAGCUGCAUGAUUAUUCCAACUUCUCUGUGAACAUCUGAACAAUGUCCAGAGAGAAUAAUCCAGCACUUUCCAGAGGGUUCAGUUGUUUGAAAUGUGUUUGGAUAUAACGUUGUCCUGGUUUGUUGUAUAGUGCAUGUUCCUCCAUAUAUAAAUAUGUUAUCUUAGUGUAGUCAGUAGAGUAGAAACCAGCAAAAUAUAAAAAAACUGCAUCAGCAA